ACAUCCAGGGGCUGGCAGACAGCAGCGGCUCCAGGAGGCUCCGCACCGCUUACACCAACACGCAGCUGCUGGAGCUGGAGAAAGAAUUUCACUUCAACAAAUACCUCUGCAGGCCCCGGCGGGUGGAGAUAGCGGCUCUGCUCGACCUCACCGAGCGACAAGUCAAAGUUUGGUUCCAGAACCGCCGGAUGAAGCACAAGAGGCAAACCCAGUACAAAGAACCCCCCGACGGGGAUCUGCCCCGGCGGGUGGAGAUAGCGGCUCUGCUCGACCUCACCGAGCGACAAGUCAAAGUUUGGUUCCAGAACCGCCGGAUGAAGCACAAGAGGCAAACCCAGUACAAAGAACCCCCCGACGGGGAUCUCCCCUACCCCAGCCUGGACGAGGGCAGCGACCCCGCGGAGGAGCAGGAGGAAAAGCGUGGUUACCCCGAGAGCCAGGACUCGCCUUUGUUGUCAGAGCUGAGCAUCUUCUCGGCGGAGUCCUGCCUGCAGCUCUCGGAGGGGCUUUCCCCCGCUCUCCCGGGGGGCUCCCUGGAGAGCCCCCUCCACUUCUCCGAGGAAGACCUGGACUUUUUUACGAGCGCACUUUGUACCAUAGAUUUGCAACAUUUAAACUUCCAAUAG